GAAACAUACUGUGCAUUUGUCCAAUCUGUAACAACAGAAACAAUAAAAAUGAAUUCAACAUUAUUUUCCCAGGUUGAAAAUCAUUCAGUUCACUAUAAUUUGUCAGAGAAGAAUUCCCCAUUUUUGGCAUUUGAAAAUGAUGAUUGUCACCUGCCCUUGGCUGUGAUAUUUACCUUAGCUCUUGCUUAUGGAGCUGUGAUCAUUCUGGGGAUCUCCGGAAACCUGGCUUUGAUCUUAAUCAUCUUGAAACAAAAGGAGAUGAGAAAUGUCACCAACAUCCUCAUCGUGAACCUUUCCUUCUCAGACUUGCUUGUUGCUAUCAUGUGUCUCCCCUUCACGUUUGUCUACACGCUAAUGGACCACUGGGUCUUUGGUGAGACGAUGUGCAAACUGAAUCCUUUUGUGCAGUGUGUUUCAAUCACUGUGUCCAUUUUCUCUCUGGUACUUAUUGCUGUGGAGCGACAUCAGCUGAUAAUCAACCCGCGAGGGUGGAGACCAAACAACAGACAUGCUUACAUAGGUAUUGCUGUCAUCUGGGUUCUUGCAGUGGCUUCUUCUCUGCCCUUCCUGAUCUAUCAAGUGCUGACUGAUGAGCCAUUCCAGAAUGUGACGCUGGAUGCAUUCAAAGACAAGCUGGUAUGCUUUGAUAAAUUUCCAUCGGAUUCUCACAGAUUGUCUUACACUACUCUUCUCUUGGUGCUGCAGUACUUUGGUCCACUCUGCUUUAUAUUUAUAUGCUACUUUAAGAUAUAUAUACGCUUAAAAAGGAGAAAUAACAUGAUGGACAAGAUGAGAGACAAUAAGUACAGGUCCAGUGAAAACAAAAGAAUCAACAUCAUGCUGCUGUCCAUUGUGGUAGCAUUUGCCAUCUGCUGGCUGCCUCUUACCAUCUUUAACACUGUGUUUGAUUGGAAUCACCAGAUCAUUGCCACGUGCAACCACAACCUGUUAUUCCUGCUGUGCCACCUCACAGCAAUGAUAUCCACUUGUGUAAACCCCAUAUUUUAUGGAUUCCUGAACAAAAACUUUCAGAGGGACUUGCAGUUCUUCUUUAACUUUUGUGAUUUCCGCUCUCGGGAUGAUGACUAUGAGACAAUUGCCAUGUCCACCAUGCACACAGAUGUGUCAAAGACUUCUUUGAAGCAGGCAAGCCCAAUUGCAUUUAAAAAAAUCAGCAGUGAUGAUAACGAAAAAGUCUGAAAGUUCUUGGAGUGUAUGGUCUCACUGACACCUAUUUAAAAGCAAGCACAACUUGCCGCAUACUUUCAUUACCUGUCCUCCCAAAGAUUGGGGGUGAAAUCAUUUGAGAAAGACCAAGAAUUUCUUGUCUUGCUUUUUAGUGCUUUUGUCAUGGUUGUCAUGAUUACACUUGGAACAAAAUGUGCAGGCUUUGGAAUCUCCUGGCAAUAGUUUUAACUAGACUUCCUGAAAGUGCUUUUUAUAAAAUUAUGCACAUAAGGACUUUGAGACUCUAUUGGAAGGAAAUUUCUUGGAAGUAAAGUGACUUCAGAAGCCCCCUUAGACUUGCAUUAUAUUGGGCCAUCUUGAUUAUAUUAGAAUGUCAUUACAUCAGGUCACCCAAUUAAUGAGAGGCAUCACUUUAUUCUGUUACAGAAGUAACAACAUGCAAAAGUUACAAUAAUAAUGUGGAACCAGGAGCCAAGGAUUUAGCUUAGCGGUUCCACUGCCUGCCGUGCAAGGUCCCGAGUUCGAUUCCCAGUACCAAAAAAAAAAAAAGAAUGUGGAACCAAAAGAGAGUUUGAAGUUAUUCAGGAGUGAUUUGUAGUUUUCUUUCUAAUGUUAAGAGAGGACUUAAUUUGCUUCUUCUAACUGAAUAUCAUUUAAGCUGAAAAUGUAUAAAAAUGUUUUUCAGGUGUGAAUAACACAGGGAAUUAGACCACCCACGAGAAUUAAGUGGGAAAUCAGUUCCCUUAUUUCUUAACUAUUUUGGUGCCUGACGACCAAAGCAUUUCAGAGUAUUUAGUUUAAUAAGUAAAUUAGUAUUACUGCAAAUAAACUAUAUUCGUUUGAAUUGAUAGUCAAGAGGUUUUUCAUCCUUUACAGACUAUUCAGUGUUUGUCAAGCUUUCAGACACCGUCACGCAAUUCGAAAGGUAUUUCUAGCUUACAAUAUAUAGAAAUAGAAAAUGUAUUUUCUAUACAGCAGUGCCUAUAUAGUAAAUUAUUUUUAACUUUCACUGACCAUCUUUCAAAGCUAAGAAUACCAAGAGACAAUGUUUAAAAAAUGUUCACUUCAGCUAGCAAGGAUAAAUACCUAGAAACUUCGUAUAGCUCAUGUUAGUUCGUAUAAACUGUGUGAUUUGUGAAAUUUUAUAAACCACACACUAUAUAGAGUACUGAAUAGUUGUGGUGUGCUAAUAUACUUAAUCUUAUAACCAUGAUUGAGCCUCAUAAUGUUUUGAGAAAAGACAUUUUGAAGAACAAGACAUAUCUGCAAUGUAUUAUACAAAGUAUUAAAUGUAUUUGAUUUCAGAAGGGCAAGCACUUUAUUAAAAUUGUUUUUGCUUUUUCUGAAGAGUC